UGUAACACAUAAGUCCCAGAUUCAAGUGAGGACCCAUUGGUGUGCUGCUGAGAACAGAACAGACUUGACAGGGGUCGAUACACAUGCAACAUUAACAGAGACAGGGCAGAGAGGGGAGGAAAGGAAACAUUGUACGAAGAUCCCCUCUGCAUGGAAGUUGAUCCAUACUGUUAGAAGACCAGAGGGAGCGGAAAAGAAGAGUGACAUGGCCAGGUGCUGCUGUCUACUGGUGCUGCUGGUUGCUCUGGGCGUGUGUGAAGCCUCUCGUGGCCGGGAAUGGGCUCACCACGGAGCCUCCAUGUUCGCCGACCUGACCCCCCGUGAGAUGCGUGACGUCCGGGAUUACCUGCAAGGCAAGCCAGAGCUGGGUCUGACAGCGACCCGGGGCAAGGACCUGAAGAAGAACAGCAUCCUGUUGAUGGAGCUCCACCUGCCUCGGAAGCACGAGGCCCUGAGGACCCUGGACCGGGGCCAGGCCAAGCCCACACGCCAGGCCAGAGUGGUGGUGCAGUUCGGGAACCAGGCCCAGCCCAACAUCACUGAGUUCAUCGUGAGUCCGCUGCCCUUCCCUACUUCGUACACGGGGAAGACUUUCAAGGGAGACCGGCCCAUUCGGUUUGAGUCGCGACCCAUCACGGCGGCGGAGUACUCGCACAUCAUUGACAUCUUGCAGAAGAUUACUGCCAAGGUCCACAAGGUCCUGUUUGAGACCACAGGCGGAUUUUCCUUCCACAACUGCACCAACCGCUGCCUGACUUUUUCGGACAUUGCACCCCGUGGUUUGGAGUCGGGUGAGAGGAGGACCUGGAUCAUGCUGCAAAAGUUCGUAGAGGGCUACUUCAUCCACCCUGUGGGCUUUGAGGUCCUGGUGAACCAUAAAGAUCUGGACCCUGAGCGCUGGACGGUGGAGAAGGUGUGGUACAAUGGCCAGUACUUUGACAGCGUGGAAGAACUGGCAGAGCGAUAUGAGAAGGGAACGCUGGAGAAGGUCCAGCUUCCUGACCAUGACGAUGAAGACUUGUACUCCACUUACAUUCCCCGUGGGCACAGCAACACGCGCACCGACAUUCAUGGACCAAAGCUGGUAGAGCCCCAAGGCCCUCGCUACCACGUGGAUGGGAACUUUGUGGAAUACGCCGGCUGGUCCUUUGCCUUCCGAGUCCGCUCGUCCGCCGGCCUCCAAAUCUUUGACCUGCGCUUCAAUGGAGAGCGCAUCGCCUACGAGGUCAGUCUCCAGGAGGCCAUCGCCUUCUAUUCGGGCGACACCCCCGCCGCCAUGCAGACCAAAUACAUAGACGCUGGCUGGGCCAUGGGAACUGUGGACUACGAGUUGGCGCCUGGCAUUGACUGCCCCGAAAUCGCAACCUUUCUAGACCUGCACCAUUACUACGACACGGACAAGCCCAUGCGCUACAAGAACGCCUUGUGUGUGUUUGAAAUGACCACAGGGAUGCCUCUGAGGAGGCACUUCAACAGUAACUUCCAGGGGAGCUACAACUUCUUCGGGGGUCUGGAGAACCACGUGCUGGUGCUUCGUACCACCUCCACCGUCUAUAACUACGACUACAUCUGGGACUUUCUCUUCUACCAGAACGGAGUGAUGGAGUCCAGGGUCAGUGCCACCGGCUACAUCCACGCCACCUUCUUUACGCCUAACGGACUGCACUACGGCUCUAAGGUGUAUAACUUUGUACUUGGUAACCUGCACACUCAUCUCAUCCACUACAAGGUUGACCUAGAUAUUGCCGGUCGGGAGAACAGCUUUGAGUCGAUGGACCUCAAGUACGUGAACUUCACCAAUCCGUGGAGCCAUAAACAUUCUGUCGUCCAAUCCAAGCUCGUCAAGACGCAACACCAAACGGAACGCAGCGCAGCCUUCCGAUUUGGCAAAAAGUUCCCCCGCUACGUGCACUUCUACAACCCCAAUGAGAAGAACAAGUGGGGCCACCAGAAGGGCUACCGUAUCCAGUACAACUCCCACGCCAACAGUGUGCUUCCCCGUGGCUGGAAAGAGGAGAACGGCAUCAGCUGGUCCAGAUACCCAUUGGCUGUGACCAGGCACAAGGACAGUGAGCCCACCAGCAGUAGUAUCUACACUCAGAACGACCCCUGGGAGCCUGUGGUCUCCUUUGAGGACUAUAUCCGCAACAAUGAAAACAUCACCAACCAGGACCUGGUUGCCUGGGUGACAGUGGGCUUCCUGCACGUGCCCCACUCGGAGGACAUCCCCAAUACGGCAACGCCCGGCAACGCUGUGGGCUUCUUCCUGCGCCCCUUCAACUUCUUCGAUGAGGACCCCUCUCUCUCAUCCCGCAGUACCAUCAUUGUCCGGCCAGACAAAGAGGGGAAGCCGAAGGUCCAGAGAUGGACCCCAGAGGUCGUAGGUCAUUGUGUGACUGACAAGCCUUUCUUCUACAACGGCACCUACGCAGGAGUCUGAGGGACUGGUGUGAGUGACAGGAAGACACAAAAUGGUGGUUCCAUCCUUGCGUCUGAGUGAUGCCAAAUUAAUGUGAGCUGACAUUUAAAUCUUGACUCCGACAUUUAACUUAAAAAUCAUUUAAAUGCAAAAGAAUGCAUUAUGACACAGGCAUUAACAAAAUUUAUAUUAUGUUGAUAUCUUACCUGAACCUUUUGAAAUGUGAAAGAAUAAGAAUAUUUUGUCUUUUUUUGUCGUAUUACGUUUUAUUUUAUGAGUACGCAAAUUGAUUGAAGCAAUUUACCAUUCUUAUCCAGAGGCACAUUUCAAUAGAAAUCCUCUAUAAUCACAACUCAGAAAAGUGUUGCCAUGUAUAUACUUAUGUAUCCGUCCCAGAUCUAGCAGAAUGAUUGUUUUCCUUUUUACUGUGGUUGUCAUGCUAACCUUAUUGUGUGUGAGGCCUGGGGGUCAAAGCACUCAAAAUCCUGUUCAGUGAGGGUCUCCAUGGACGGGGUUUAGUUGCUCUGAGCAUCCAGGAUGCAGGAUGCUGGGAUCAGCCACCGUCCGCCAGGAUCCUGGAUCCCAGCAGGCCUGCAUGGCCAGAAUGUUUUCACUGGGAAAAAGUUAGCUGAGCAAACAGGUCGAUCCGGAACUGCCCCACAAACAGUCCAGGAUUCACCUGCACCAUUGUCCGGGGCAACCAGCUGCCCCCACGCAACAUGCAGGGAGCGAACCGAUAGAACAUUCUACAAUGUUUUAGAACUCAGUUUUCCCUCCAUUUGUUUUAUCUUUUUUGACAGUUUUCCUUCAGGUACUCCUGACUACUUUUAAUUAGAUACAAUACAGAACUAACUGCAUUAAAUCAAAUAGUAUAACAUUUGGGUUGUAUCGCUUCUUUUCAAUUGGGUGUUUUUGAUCAGAUUGAUUGACUUGACCAUGUAUUCUCAAACUGUACUGGAAUUUGGAAAUGACAUUAAAAGUUGGGAAAGAUUUAGUCUUCAA